AUGGAUAUCAAAAUCUCAAGUGCGCUGGAUUGGUGGGAUGUGUGGAAGCUCCGCCUCCUCGUCCUUGCCAGCACCGUAAUCCAGUUUUUCCUCUUCUUCUAUGGUGCGGCAAGGCGGGCCCCAGUGAAGCGAUGGAUUAGGGUAUGCAUUUGGCUUGCGUACAUCGCUGGGGACUCCGUGGCAAUCUACGCCCUGGCCAGCCUCUUCAACCGCCACAGCAGGGCGGCCGCUGCCACGGUGGGAUCCAAGCUUGAGGUGCUGUGGGCGCCCAUCCUCCUCAUCCAUCUCGCCGGUCAAGAGCAGAUCACCGCCUACAGCAUCCAGGACAAUGAGCUGUGGGCGCGGCACAUCGUCACCCUGGUGGCCCAGGUGACGAUCGCUCUCUAUGUGUUCUGCGUGUCCUGGUCCGGGGACAGGAGGCUGCUUGCAGCGGCCAUUCUGAUGUUCAUCAUUGGUAUCUACAAGUUCAGCACCAAACCUUGGGCUCUCAAGAGGGCCUGCUUGGGAAACCUGGUCAGAUCCCCGGCUAGUGUGCCGCAGAGGAAGAACCUGACUGGAUACAGCAAUCAUCCAUGCGAAUUCUUCUCGAUAACUUGGACGUCAACCAAAACGAAGUGGUACGUUGGUGACGCUGAACCAGAUGCGCAGAUACAAGCUGUGGUUGACCAACGAGAAAAGGAAGCAACAGAAGAAGAGCUGGACCUCAGUGAGUACAUGCACAAGAUCCAAGAAGCAAGAUCAGGAGUCCAAGCGACAUUGCACCUUUACGAUAUAUUUGAAUUUGCGGCCGACAUCCUUGUCCCCUACUCUCGACGCCUGAAGAUUCUGCAAUUUAUGUUCACUUAUGGUUGCAAGAAUAAUAGAUUUGCAGGUGCAGUUAAGCUUGGGCUCGAUGAGAUAUAUUCCCGUCUAUACACCAGGGUGAAUGUUGCCACGACAACAAUCGGCCUGGUUGUCCGGGUCAUCACCUUCUCUUUGGCCGUCGCGGCGAUCGCCCUGUUCGCCCGGACCCCGAAGUCCCAAGACGAUGGAGUCGAUGUCAAAGUGACGUACAUCCUCUUCAGUGGGAUUGCUCUACUGGAGUUUCUCUCCUUCGGAAACUUCAUCUCCUUGAAGCGGAUUAGGGUUCUAUGGCCAGCUAAUUUCACAAUGCAAAACAUGGUUCCCCAACAGAGCCUGAUAUCGAGUGCCGGCCGGAGGAGGAAACCCCCAACACUCCUCUGGCUCGCCGGGUACAUCGGCUACGGCGACUACGUCAACCGGCACUGGUACAUCGAGCACACACCAGCCUCGGACUUGAUCCACGAGGUGGUGCUUGCCCACGUCAACAAAGGGUUGGGUGAGUACAUACAUGGCGACCCUAGCAUGUAUAGGAGGUUCAACGAGCUCAGGGGCCAGUGGGCGGUGGACAAGAGACUGCCCCUACUGCACAACCACAAGCGACAGCGUGAUGUGCUGCUCAGAAGCAUCCGGCGUCCAUUCGACGAGAGCGUCCUCCUGUGGCACGUGGCCACCGAGAUCUGCUUCCACCAUGCCGACGCCGCCGGUGGGUCCCCGAGGAAGCUCGCCCGCGUUAUAUCCUCCUACAUGAUGUACCUUCUCUCCACAUGGCCCGAUAUGCUGAUGCUCGGCACAAGGCAGCACCUCUUCUCCGUCGCGUUGGACGACAUCAAGUUCAUGCUGCACUACAGCGAGCUCAGCACCGCCGACGGCGACAACGACGACCGAAGCAUCGGGUGCGCGCUCUUCCGCAUGGCUCAAAAUGGUUCUUGGAUCUACAGGGACUGCAUUGGGCCCCUCAUCCCCAGAGCGUGCGAGCUCGCCGACGCGCUCCUCCAGCUGCUCCGGCUCCAUGAGAAGGAGACGUGGGAGAUGGUGCAAGAUGUGUGGGUGGAGAUGCUCUGCUACGCAGCCACACGGAGCCGCGGACACAUGCACGCCGUCAGCCAUGCUGAGCGAUGGGAGCUGCUCAGCCGUCUAUGGCUUCUACUCUGCUUCAUGGGAAUGGAGACCUUAGCUGACCGCCUGCAGAGGACGGGCGAGCGAUACGGACCGCACCAGGAGGAAACUACAGAUGACAUCAGCGUCGAGCAUACCAACACCUAG